AUGGCUGGGAUUGAGGAAACCUUCGGAGCCUUGCUGGUCGGCGUGUUCAUUGCUGCCAUUUUCUUCGGGAUGACGAACCUACAAGUAUAUGUUUACUUCCGGACAUACGCGAAGGAUCGCACAUGGAUCAAAGCCGCCGUCUGCUAUCUCUGGAUCAUCGAUGCCCUCUGUGUUGCGUUUUCUUUCCACAUGAUGUAUUACUAUCUCGUGGUCCGUUAUUCUAAUCCUUCUGUUCUGGACUCGGUCGUUUGGAGUUACACGCACGCUUAUGUUGAAAUGACAGGCUCAAGGCAUCUUGAAUACUAUUACGGUCUCCUCGGUGCAAGUACAGUCUUUGUGUUAGCGGGAUGUGGUGAAGUGGUUUUUCCGUCUCAUCACGAACAUGGACCGCUUAACCUUCGGCUCAUUCUAGCUGCCACCAUAGGCUUACAAUCUUGCAACGCAUUAAUGGCCUCCCCAAACGCCUUGCUGUCCCACGGGUGGAUUACAUACUUCCCGUUGUCUGUGUGGACGUGUACCGAUGCGGUGAUCGCCGCAUCUCUUUGUUAUAUGCUUCGCGGUAUGCGUACUGGUUCUCAUAGGACAGAUUCCUUGCUCAGCAAGCUCAUGCUUUAUGCUGUCAACACUGGAGUCAGUACAAGUCUGCUUUCGCUCUCAGCAAUUAUCAUUGUGCGUAUCCUCCAACCUGCGGAUACUCCUACACUGCUGCUCAUACACGGGAAAGGCGAAAACGCGCGCCGACACGUUCAUCAUGGGCGCUAUCGAUCUUCUCCUGUCAAAACGCUCAACGCACGGCAAUCGCUCCGUGAGGAAGCGGAUCGGUUGAACGAAGGCAUCGAUAUCCCCUCGUUGUCUCCUAUACGGAGCGGGUCUUUCUCCAGACGAAAGUCCACGCUACUCCCGAUUGAAGGUGCUGAUGAACGCAUGGAGGUCUUGCGGAUCGACCUAUCAGGGUCGGCUCAUGGUGCGAAAAACUACGCCCACAUCUUGUACAUUCUUGUUGAUGGCGGCGUCACGCUUUGGCAUAAUGUAGCAGACGGCAGAACGGAAGCACAGCAGGAACUCGUCAAAGCUUGA